AUGGUGUCGGUCUACACCUACCUUCUGGGUCUUCUCAUCUGCGGCGCUACCCUGAAGUUUGUCCGGAUUCUCCGCUUCAACUCUCACGUGUACGCCUUGUCUAUGACCAUGAGGCGAUCCCUCAAACCUGUAGCGCUGUUCAUGCUCACGGCCGGAAUCCUCAUCAUGGCUUUUACACAGAUGGCGAAUCUGAUUUUCGGUGUGAAGCUUGCGGGGUACAGGAACAUAACUUCCAGCCUGCAGAGCCUUCUGUUUAUGAUGUUGGGAAGUUUUGACUUCAGGGCAUUGGAACAGGGACAUAACCUUUUAGGACCACUGAUGUUUUUCACAUACCAGUGCAUGAUGCAGUUUUUCUUGCUCAGUAUGUUCAUGGCUAUCAUUUUGGAUGUGUACGCAGAAGAGACACAAUCCACAAACACAGAGGAGCUGAACUUAAACACUUUCGUGAAAGAAUCUGCAUUAAGAACAUUGAAGAAAGUUCAGGACAGAAAUUCUCAUAAUAUCGACGUGAAAAGGAACAUAUCGAGCAAAGAAGACAAGGGAAUAUUGGCGGAUAUGCUUGUGAAAAUAGACCGCAUGGUUGACAAUCUAGAAAAUGGUGUUUAUGACUAG